AUGCGUGUGACACGUCGCUCUUUGCUGAGUGCCCCUGAUGACGCUGCUGUCUCGUAUCCAUCAGCAACAACUCCAAGUACGUUCUCAGUUGCCAAUCUGCUCAAUCAAUCACCUCCCAACGCAAACGCGGCUCAUGCGCUGAUUUUCACUGCAGCCUCAAGUAAGGCACCCGCAACCACCAGCCGCCCCUCUCAAAAGCGCACCUUUGUACCCAACUCGUCCGACCACGACGAAGACACAAUUGAAGUGCAGCCAGUUGAGCCUCCUACGACGGUUAGGCGUGUCCUGAAAGAGGUCGCUAUACCUUCGAUGAGUUCGCGCAAGGCUCCAGCCGCUCGCGGUAGACCGAGGACGAAGCCGCAGCCGGCGGAGCAAGACAGCUCCCACGGCUCUCCGUCGCUUGAGAACUCCGAUUAUGAAACGCCAGGGACGAGCAUCUCAACCACUCCCGCCGCCUCGAUACGCCGCGGGAAAGCAUCGGUCUCAGCCCGAAGGAGUGGCCUCAGCAAAGCUGUGACGGCAUCGCUAAGCAGGUCUUCCUCCAUCAAGAGGACGCGAAGCAGCGUCCCGGAGUCCGACGACGACCGCGAAAUGAUUGAUGCAGAUGCGGAACUUGCACUGCAGAUGCACAUGGAAGAUAUGGAGGACGACGAAGCUGCACGCCCAAACAAGCGUCUUAAGCUUGAUACUGAAGAGGAUGACAUCGAAUCGGAUGGCGAGAAUAUGACCUUCACUCCCAAAGUCAAGGCCAGGUCGUAUCGCGGCAAAGGCAAAGGCAAGGCGAAAGUGGACGACUCAGAUUCAAUCGAUAAUGAUGCCGACUCGUUGCUUGACGAGCUGACAACGUCACCUGCGUAUGAGGGCAAAGGCAAGGCCAAGGCCAAAGUCAAAGUCGAGAGCAACAGCCGUAACCGGAACCGCUCCAACCGCUCUAGUGCUAAGAAAACAAGCUUUCUUCCGGAUGACUUCCUUGAUGACGAUGUCUCUGAAGGCGAAGAGUUCCGCCCGGGAGAUGCGGAGUCUGCUCUGAGUGACCUAUCUGAGCCUCCGAACAGCGACAGCGAUGAGGAACCACUCAUGGUGGCAAGCUCACGGAUGAAGAAGCUUGCGAAUAAAGCAUCGAAGCUACCACGAGGAAAGAAGAAGAAGUCGCGUGCGGAUGAAGUCGAAAAUAAGAAGCGUCGCGCGAGAUGGGCGCACAUAUCGGACAAGUGGGAGCGAAAGCGUGCUAUGAAUCGUGAGCGCGCUGAGCAGCAACAUCCGAAGCUGCUCUCUAUGUGGAAGGAUCUUGAGAAGGUCCCCAUCCUCGAAACUGAAAAGGCAGAACAGCCCACGUCCAUCAGCCGCCGGUUGAAGCCAUUUCAGCUUGAGGGGUUGAGCUGGAUGGUUCGACAAGAAAAGACGCACUAUCGGGGUGGCCUCCUCGGUGAUGAGAUGGGAAUGGGCAAGACUAUCCAGGCCGUCUCCCUUAUUAUGUCUGACUAUCCGGCAAAGGAGCCGACACUUGUGUGCGUCCCGCCAGUUGCGCUGAUGCAGUGGUCGAAUGAGAUCCGCGAGUACACAGACAACAAGCUCAAGGUUCUGGUCUACCAUGGCACAAAUGCGAAGUGCAAGAAGAUGUCCGUCAAAGAGCUUAGGAGCUAUGAUGUUAUCAUGGUAUCCUACAAUAGCUUGGAGUCUCUUCAUCGCAAAGAGACCAAGGGCUGGUCGCGUGGUGAGGACAUCGUCAAGGAGGCUUCGCCGUUGCACGCAAUCAAGUUCCAUCGGCUUAUUCUUGACGAAGCACACAGCAUCAAGUCGCGCAACACGGGUGUAGCCAAGGCUUGCUUCGCGCUACAAGGUGAAUACAAGUGGUGUCUCUCCGGCACGCCGGUCCAGAAUCGUAUUGGAGAGUUCUUCUCCUUGCUCCGCUUCCUUGAGGUCCGUCCGUUUGCAGAUUACUUCUGUCGUUCGUGCGAUUGCGAAAAGCUGCAUUGGGCUACCGACGAUGAUCACAUGUGUGUCGCCUGCAACCACGGUGCAUCGGAGCACAUUUCUGUCUUCAACCAGGAGCUGCUGAACCCAAUCACUGGCGAUGAUCCAGAGCUUCGCGAAGACGCUCUGACUAAGUUGCACAUGAUCACGGCUCGCAUCAUGCUGCGUCGUAUGAAGCGCGACCAUACAAACUCAAUGGAACUACCUAUGAAGGAUAUCAUCAUCCACAACGAGUUCUUCAGCGACAUUGAGCGAGACUUCUCAUCUUCGAUCAUGACCAAUUCGGCCCGCAACUUUGACACAUACGUCGCACAGGGUGUUAUGCUUAACAACUACGCCAACAUCUUUGGUCUGAUCAUGCAGAUGCGCCAGGUUGCUAACCACCCAGACCUGCUUCUGAAGAAGAAGGCUGCGGAGGGGGCCCAGAACGUAUAUGUCUGCAACAUAUGCGACGAGCCGGCUGAAGAUGCUGUGCGGUCGCGCUGCCAUCAUGAGUUUUGUCGAGCUUGCGUGAAGGAUUUCAUGGAUACAUGCGAGGCAUCUGGUACCGAUGCAGACUGCCCCCGCUGCCAUAUUGCACUCACAAUCGAUUUCGAGCAGCCUGAGCUUGAGCAAGAUGAGGAUUCUGUUAAGAAGACGUCAAUCAUCAACCGCAUCAAGAUGGAGAACUGGACUUCGUCAACCAAGAUCGAGAUGCUGGUUUACGAUCUCUACAAGCUGCGCAGCAAGAAGCAGACGCUAAAGUCUAUUGUGUUCAGCCAGUUUACUUCGAUGUUGCAGCUUAUCGAGUGGCGUCUGCGACGUGCUGGCUUCAAUACCGUCAUGUUGGAUGGUAGUAUGACGCCAGCCAUGCGACAGAAGAGUAUCGACCACUUCAUGACUAACCCGGAUGUCGAGGUAUUCUUGGUGUCGCUCAAGGCGGGAGGUGUCGCUCUCAACCUCACAGAAGCCUCCAGGGUGUUCAUCGUUGAUCCAUGGUGGAACCCUGCUGCUGAGUGGCAGUCUGCCGAUCGAUGUCAUCGUAUUGGCCAGAAGCGACCUUGCGUAAUCACUCGUCUCUGUAUUGAGGACAGUGUCGAGUCCCGCAUGGUUGCUCUACAGGAGAAGAAGGCUGCCAUGAUUGCUGGUACAGUCAACAACGACAAGGUCGCUAUGGAUCGCUUGAGUCCAGAGGACCUGCAGUUCUUGUUCCGCGGUACCUAG